AUGAACAACAACAAGUCACUUCCAGCCGGUCGUUCACGCAAGCUGGAGAAGGAGCAAUCCGAGCAAUCAGAUCUCCAAGCAAAACACGCGUCUUUAGUGAGUGGUGAUGACUCUCCAAAUGUCGGAAAUGUCUUUGUCCAAUACGACACCGAAGGAUUCAAUAAACUGGACAUCGACCAGAUCCGGAAUUACUUACAACACGAGAAGAAGCUUUAUUUGACUGAUGACCAAAUCAAAGACCUUAUGUUUGAAGUCGUUCUUCAUAGCGACAAAGUCCCGACAACUGAAUUCACGUCACUAGAUAAGAACAUCAACGAGAAGAAAGACGAAUUGAUUUCCAAAUCUAAUGAAAUUAACACGCCAACACAACAACACGAACUUUGGCUGUUAUCAGAGAAGGAGGCUGUACCUCCAAAUGCACUUGUGUUUCAACCGGAAGACAUCACUAUUGUACAGGAAGACAAGCCGAGAAGAAUUAAACCGUUUGCUUCUGGCGAUGUUCCAACGGAGGCGUUGGACAAUUCAUUGAACAAGAACGGAUCUUUUACACGGAAGAAGACAAGUGAUGUGAAAGAAGAGCGUUCGGCUGUCGACACGAUCUUUUCGAAGACUACGGUGAUACACAAGAAGAGUGUGGAAUACGUCAAAGAGCCUCCUACAAUUGUCCCCGUGAAACACAUUGAGCCAAAAGAGAAGGAAGAGCCGAAUGUGGAAUACUUGAGAGAAGAAGGAAUAGUCUCGAACCCUCGAACGAUAUACUCAAAUACAUUUGGAAGCUUAGACAGCGAAUUUAAACCAAGUGAUGAGAGUAAAGACUUAUGUGGGAGAGUUCCUGUGCAACUGCGCAAUGAAUAUGAUGAACAGUCGGUGAGUUAUGUUGUCGAAGUUACAAAGCUGAAAGUGUCUGAUCAGAUCCAAAUGGGGAAAAGCACUGCUGUGGACAAGAACAAGAAGAAAGAACCUCUUUUUGGAGUCUUUUCUAUCUAUAAAAACGACGAGAAGAAUCAAUGCAAAAUUACAGAGAACUUCUAUAUUGAUAUUAACACGUCAGAACAGCGUGCUGCGAUUCGAGAAGUCUCCUGUGACGACGCACUCAAUUCCGAUUUGAACACGUUUUGUGUGUGUCUUCGGAAGUCUGAUGUGGACAAAGGGAAUUUGAAGUGUGUGAUGAUGGUGUAUAAGAUAGCGGAGUAUGACCAAGAUGCUGCGCGAGAUGUGUACGUAGCCAGUGUGAAAGAUUCUAAGGACAAAAAUAGCCCCCAAGACAAAGACUUUACACAAUUGAAUAAGCAGUUUCUCGGGAUCGGCUUUGUCGAUUUCAAUGAAGUUGUGUCGAAGGGAAAGAGCGGGACUAUGGCGAUCUAUAGAGAGACUAUAGAAGACCAGAAGGAUAUCUUCCAAGCGUUUGAUUCGGAGAAGAGUGGAAAAUUGAAGAAGAUGGUGAUUGAAUGGGAGAUGAAUGUGAAACCGUUUGACAAGAAGAAUGAGAAGAAGAAGUAUCGAUUGUUAGAUCCCUCUGGAUUUGAUUUAAAGACGGGGAACUCGAAAGCGGCGAUUUUGCGACAAAUUGAAGAUUUCACGAGUUUACAAGACACUGAGUUUUACACGGACUAUGUAAAUAAUGUGUAUAUCUACCCACUGGAGUUUGCGGUGCCUUCGAAAGAACGAAAGAGGUGCAAUUUUGUGAUCACGGUGUAUGUGAGAGAGAACGACGAGUUUCGAGUGGACCAUGAUAUGGGAGUCUUUUACUCGACAACUUCCGUUGAAAAUUCGUUUAAGAAGUCACAAAAGACGUGUGUGGGGAGUGGAGGGAAGAGCGACAAAUUCAUGGACGAAAUUAAAGCCAAAUUACCAACACAAUUGGCGACACAGAACCACAUCUUGUUUGUGAUUCAAGACGUCUCGUUGGACUCAAAUGGAAGCGACGAUAAAACAGUGAAAGACGUGAAAGACCAAUCUGAGAGGAAAACAUUUUUUGCGACAUUACCAUUUCUCGAUAAAGGGAAAUUGUGUGGAGAUGGGGAGUACUCGUUGCCUAUUUAUAACGGUCAACCAUUCGAAGGGUAUAUGUCAUCGACGUAUAAAACUACUGUUGAAUCGACCGAUAAAGUGAAAGCGAAUUUGAAGAUCCGAUUGAGGUUUAUGACGAGUGUGAACAUCCAAGAAACGGCUCUUCAUAAUUUCUUGGCGUUUGUGAAUCAAACGUCGAUGACAGAAAGAGACGGGAGUGGAAGAAAUGAUAUGGAAAGAUCGAUUGAGAAGGCACUUGAUGAUGUGAGGAUGAAGACGCCGCCAGAGACGUUAAUCCAUCACUUCCCGUAUAUCAUGCAAACCCUCUUCACUGCUUUUCAAGAGUUCAAAGAGUCGACUAAUGUACUCAAAUACGUACUGGCUAUUGUAGAAUGCGCUAUGAAAGGGAUUAACUCAACUGAAUUGAGACCUACAGUGUUGGCACAAUAUGUCGACCACUACUUUGAUCGACCAGAAAAGAAUGGAAGACCCCUCUUCUCUUUAUUAAUGUCGUCGUUAAUGAAACUCUUUAGCGAAAUUGCAGAGUUUGACUUCCAAACACAAAAGGAGAUCCAAAAGAUCCGAGUGGUGUCGUUACUGAAGAACAGUUGGUUCUUCUAUGAACUCAUAGUGAAGUCUUUGACGAUGGACGUCGAAGCGAAUGGCCAAUUGAAUACCGCGUCCAGUCUGAAAUUCUUCAGAAAUCACAUUUCGAGUUCUGACGAGUAUACGAUAUUCUCAAAGACUUUAAUUCGGUUUGUUGAUGUCCACUCCUGCGUCAUGAGAAGAAUAAUAUCAGUUGCGACGGAAGGAGAUAACUCAUAUCUGUUCAAUCACGUCUUCACAGCAAACGCACACUUUGCACUGUUCUUGACCGACUUGAUGAGGUUCUUUAGACGGAAUGUUGUAUUAGAAUGUCUUGAUAGAUACAUCUCAAUAGUUGGGAGUGUCUAUGACCCUAUCUCAUCGACAUACUUCACACCAAAUGAUAAGGACUUUAGAUAUGCGGCGCCUAACAACUUGUUCUUCCCGAAGAGUAAUGCGAAGGAACAAGCCAUUGAAGACUCUAAAUUGGCGAGACAAGCGGCAGAAGUCCUUCGGAUUGACUUAUUGUCGAUUAUGUCAUCGUUUCCGUACUUUGUGGAGAUCAGUGUACCGGUGGUCACACCAACGAAGGUGAAUCAAAUACAACAAAACUUGAAUCAGUACACGUCUUUGAUCUCACAACGACAUAUCUAUGCGAAUAUCUUCUCAAGAAACAUCUUAUUGCUGUUGUCGAGGUCUACGAUGACUGCUAAAUAUGCCCUUGCCGUGUUGAUGAAAAGAAUUAUGUUACUCGACACCGACACAAGACUCCAGACGCCACAAACGAAGGCGGCGAUCUCAGAAAUGUUCUUUGGUGUUGUACUUUAUUUGGUUGAACAAGAGAAGAUGCCGUGUGCGAUAUGGUCUCCUGGGAAUACCCAAUUCACGAAGAUCGAAGUCGAGAACUUCUUCAUUGCGUUUGUCUGGGUGCUGAAGAACAUCAACCGGAAUGUCUUGAGUUAUUACUUCUCGACAGAAACAUCUGCACACAUCUCGUCGUUCCUUGAGAUGGUGAAGAUGUGUUUGACGGUGCUGACGAAGAAGACGGAGGCAUCACGAGAUCUUCAAGAUGAUGUCAAUUUCAAGAGGGAAACUGUUGUUCUUUCCUUUAAACGUGAAGUCCACCAAACACAAGUACCUCAGACCCCAACUAAAGGGACAUCAAGAAGUACUACAGAACACCAGAAUUCGUCGAACUCCACUUCUGUGACUGAAAAGAGUCCGAAAGAGCGAAAGAAGAACAAACAUGAUACGACGAAUUGGGAGUAUGUGAAAGAUGAUGUGCUGUUAGUGUUACUUGAUGUCGUUGAAUUGGCAUUUAACGGACUCUUUGGACGAGAGAAUUAUUUAAUGCAGAUUCUGACCAAUUUGAUAUCGACGACAAUGUUUAAGAUAGAGAUGACGGAACACUACGCGAAACUUUUCUUAAGGUUUAUUAGAAGACUUCUCUGUUCGAAGGCGAAUUAUAUCUUCAAGGAAAACAUUGAAUUUGGAUUCAAUUUGCUGCGUUCGAUCAUUUCGUUGUGUGACAAUCAAGCGUAUGAGUUGAGACAAGACGCGACGUCUGUGUUGUAUUUGUUUGCUAAAGCGAAUUAUCAGGUGACUGGAGAUACCCUUUCUUCAAGAGUUUUUGCGAUCUCCGCGAUAGCAGAACGCGAUUCGAGUAACUACGCGAUACUCUCCAAAUCGAUUGAAGUGUUACCUGCGUGGGCGAAGCUUGAUGCGACUGCAGUGUCACAGACGAAAGUGGUGAAUAAAGUAGUUGAGAAGAACACGGAUGACUCCGACACGAAGCACCAACAAAGCACAUUAAAGCGUCGGAAAGAUUUGAUAGAAAUAAUCGAUGCCGAGAGAGGAGGAGAUGGGCGAUGGUGGGCGAAGAAACGAAUGCUACAAUUUCUCCGUCGGCGGUGGGAGAGUUCGCCGCCGACUAUUGAGGCGAUCGAUCAGAUCUUAGAAAAGAUGGAAGAGAGUGUAGAGAAGGAAGGGCGAGUGGGAGAAUUGCGAAGAAAGGCUACGGACCAAGCGAUGGUGAUCUUAGUGAUGUUCAGAAACAUCACCGCGAAGGUUGCGUUAGAGAACGAUUAUACACAAUACAUGAAGUGGCAAACGGAGCAAUGA